CAAGCGGUCUAUUUCGGGCGGCAACCAUUACUAGUUCAUGCAUUUGAAUAACAGCCCCGCGUCGGGUUUCGCAAGUUAAACCGCCGAUCGAACUUAUUCACCAGUUUGUGACAGGUUGGUGAUUUGCAGGCUACCUUUGGUCGAAGUAGCGUUGUAUAAUGUCGAUUAGGAACAAAGUGGGGACGGCAGCAGCCAUCAUGGCCAUGGCUUUGGCAUUUGGCAAUACUGAAGAUGCACCUGCCGCACUUAAUAUAGCCUUGGCUGCAUGUGCCGCUGGUGAAGUGCCCGAUGGCCUAGGGAACUGUGUUGCGUGUGAUACAUGCACCAAGUACCCGGAUUCUCCAUAUUGCGCACUUUGUGGUACACCAGGAAAAGGUUCCAAGACGCCUGAUCAAUGGAAGAUCGGAGUGGGUGUUGGAGUGCCUGUCCUGGUGCUGUCCAUGCUGGCUGCGGUCCUUUUGUACAAGCUGUGGUACAGAAGGCGCCAUGAUGAGGAACAGCACAGGGACCAAGAAAAUCAAGGAGGUCUCGUACAGAUUCCAGUACCCCCUGCACCAGUAGAUGAUGAGGUCGUUCAGGCGCCUGCAGGACCUGCAGUCACAGUCGAAGCCGAGCAGGAGAGUGGACAAGACCGCACUGAGCCCACCUCAAUCGCAAUACAGGUGCAGGAAGAUGCUGGUUCUGAAGAUUUUGCUACUGAAACAGCUCCAUCAACAGGACAACAACAGCCUUCUGAUGAGCAAUGGCCCCUGAUUUCUGACGAUGAAGAUGCUGCCACUGUACCAAAGUAGACUGCAUAAAAGAACCGUGAAUAAAUGCGCGCAGAACCUCGCCACAGGGAUAGCAAGGGAAGAGAAGUGUGUAUUGUCCAUGAUUAUACCAUCUUCUCUUCAAUAGCUAUACCUGUGCCAGUAGGUCCUAACACAGCCACCUAAAGUCUUAAGGGUGAAAAAAGUGUUCUGGACACUAAUAUGGUCUCCACGAGUAAGAAGACCUAGCUGUCAGAACUGCAAGAACCGGUUCUCAGUUGAACGUACUAAGUUGUGGCAUAAAGGUCCAGCGCCAAGGUUGGCGAAGAUGACCAAGGUCAUGAUGAAGUCAUUUUGUGUCAAGAAAGGCAGAAUGACUCUUAUUAACAGUAAUCAAGCUUCACUUUGCCGCAGUUAUUAGAACCAUCAUUAAAUCACCUGGAUUAUCUUACCAAACGUCAUAUCGACGGUCUAGUAGCAAGUUCUCAAAACUGACCAGGAUGAAAAAAAAUCAAAUAAGAGCAAUGGAACACGUAUAUCAUAGCAACAUCAUUGUUGGCCCGCUUGUCGCGUGUAUCCUCAAGCAUUUAAUCAACAAGAUGAUUCAGUGGACUUGACAUUGCAAAUACAAUAUAUAUAUAUGUAUGGUUUAUGUGUCACAAUAGUUAUCUGUUAGUGUCUGGAUUAUUCUAUGUCCAGUCUGUAAAACUAUGUCCAGUCUGAAGAGCUGUGAAGUUGCUUUACAUGUAUGCUUGUUUACUGGUAUAAUUCUUCAGGUGCAAACACCCUUUAAAUAUGACUUGGAGAAUUUUGGUAGUUAUCCAAAAUGAGUAGUAUGUUGGACUACCAAAAUCCUCCGAUAUGAAGAUAUGACGAAUGUAGAAGUACAUUAAUCCACAUAUUCAAGUGUAUGAUUACAAUAUCUGUACCAAUAGCUAUUUUCACCAAUAGCUCCACGAACGUAUGUAACCACAGUAAGUGUGAGAAUGCUGCACCUGUGUGAAAAAUGUUACAAUAAAGCUUUCAAAUCAAA